UGAGAAAGAGGUUGUAAUAGAUAGUUGAAAUUACUAUCAUCUUUUCUAGAAAUCAAAGUGGAAUAUGAAUGAAGAAUUACUUGCUAGUGCAGUGAGUUUCCUCAAAGAUCCAAACGUCAAUUCUUCACCGUUUGCGAAAAAGGUGGAAUUUUUGGAAUCCAAGGGACUUAAUCAACAAGAAAUUGAAGAGGCCAUUAGAAGAGCUAAUGGAGGAGAAGUGACAACCACUUCAAGUAAUACAGAAAGAAGAGAUGUUUCAAGCUCCGGUGGAUCUGGCUCUUCGUCCUCUUCUUCCUACCAACAACAACAACAACAACCAGCCCCACUUGAUUAUUAUAACUUUGCACCACAAGUUCCUGAAAGAUCGUGGAAGGAUUACUUUAUUAUGGCCACGGCCACUGCUGGGGUAUCAUAUGGUUUGUACCAAGUAGUUACUCGGUACUUGGUGCCCAGUAUUCUCCCACCUUCUCAAUCUUCGAUUGAGAAAGAUAAGGCCAAAAUUGAUGAAGAAUUUAUUAAAAUUGAUAAGCUUCUCGAACAAUUGACACAAGAUCAAACUGAUAUAAAGACAUCUAAUGAAGCCAAAUCCAAGGAAAUCGACACUGUGAUCAAUAAUGUUAAUGACUUCUUAUCCAAAUAUAAUAAGGAUAAGCUCACUUUUGAUGAUGAUCUCCGAUUAAUGAAAUUGGAGAUUGAUAACCUUCGUAAUAGUGUUGAAAAGAACAUGGGCAGUACCAAAGAGAACAUUAAAGAUGAAUUACAAGAAAUUGGAGAAGAAAUUGUUUCAUUGAAGCAACUUAUCACUGCUCGUUCUGAAUCUAGAAAUGGAACUGGUGAAGCUGCUCGUAAGCUUGCGCCAGUUUCUUCUAUCCCUUCAGCCUCUGAAAUUUUAAAGAAGGCAAAGGCUGCAUCUUCCAAAACUUCCAAGACUCCUGAACAGGCUUCAUCUCCAACACUUACCAAUUCCAAUUCCACCCCCAAUUCUAAUACCAUUUCUGCUGUUAACAACGAUGGGUUGAAACAAAGUCCAGUUUCUAAGUCUGACUCCAACACUGUCAAAGCUGCUGGAAUUCCAGAGUGGCAAUUAAAGCAUAAGGAGAAUGAAGAAGCCAGGGAAAAGGAAAAGAAUGCUGAACCUUCAAGCUCUAUUCCUUCAUGGCAGCAGGCUGCUGUGUCGUCUACUCAGACUGAACAGCCUCAAGAAGGAACUACACCCGCCAUUCCUACGUGGCAACAACUGGCAUCAACCCAAGUUUCGGGAAAUGAUGACGAAGUUGCAGCUGCAAUUGCCAAUGUUGGUGUACCAUCUUGGCAAUUAAACGCAUCUACUUGAGAAAAUUCAUCAUGACAAGUAUACAGAUUAUAUAGUCAUAUAUAUAUAUAAAU